GGGACAUAGUAGACUAGAAUGGAUAACAUCACGAAUCUGACGAUUGUGGAAACGGUAUAUCUUCUUGUUUGAGCUCGUGGUCGUGUGGUGCAGCACUCAUGGAAGGAGCCAUCUCCAGCCGGCCAAACACGAGGAUUGCCGUCGUUACCGGCGGGAACAAGGGGAUCGGCUUCGAGGUGUGCCGGCAACUAGCUAGCCAUGGAGGAGUCACGGUCAUUCUGACGGCUCGGGAUGAGACCAGGGGCACGGAGGCGGCCGAGAGGCUCAGAGCGCCGGGGCUCACCGACACCGACGUCGUCUUCCACCGGCUGGACAUCACGGACGCUUCGAGCAUCGCCACGCUAGCCGAUUUCGUCAAGACCCGUUUCGGGAAGCUGGACAUCCUGGUCAAUAAUGCCGGCGUUGGCGGGGUUGAGUACCCCCAAGAACUCGAUACCAACGACGAAAAGUUCGCCGGCCUCGACUCCAAUCAGAGACUUGAAUGGAUGGUGAAGAAUGUCCGGGAGCCCAUCGACGCCGCAAGGGGAGCAGUGGAGACAAACUACUACGGCACCAAGCAUGUAACCCAGGCCCUGCUGCCUCUGCUGCUGCAAUCUUCCUCCCAGGGAAGAAUAGUGAAUGUCCCCUCCGAAUAUGGACUGCUAAGGGGAACUUUGACACCGCCAUGUAGGGCUUGCCCCGUCCGAAGAGAAUGUCUUGUUAGAGACACUACGACUCGAUAAAUCGAAAGGUCUCUCCGCAGCCGAUAUCACCGAUGAGCCAACAGCCAAGAGGAUUUGCAGCUGAAUAGACACCACAGAUGCUACCACAUAGAUAUUUACUUCACCAUUUUUUUUAUUCCCAACCAACAACGGAUGAAAUUUUAGGUGAUAGCAGGUGCUCCCAAGAAAUUACAGAAAAAUAAUGAAAGAUUGUGAAAUUGAAAUAUUUUUCAUUGGGAAGAAGCUCUUUCAUCUACAAGUCUAAAAGAUUUUGCAUACGCGCCAGAUUUGGAAUGUGACAAUGAUGGCUCAAAAAUCUAUGGUGGCUGUCACUAUCUGACUCUACUCCCACCUAAGCCACCUUGUCACCUUUGAGUCAACGUUGAGGACGAGAUGAUUAGACAAAUUUGACCGUCUUCUAUAUAUAUUAUAUGGACACUAUGCCCCCCAUAAAAUCAAAAUGUCACUCGCUCCAUAGCCAAUAUGGCCAAUGACCCAAUGUGCCAGCGGCCAAGAGGAUCUGCUAUUUUUCUUGAGAUAGAAGAAUCGGGGCUGGCUAUUUUUCUUGAGAUGUCAGAUCUAGAUGUUUGAGGCAAAGGCGUGUGGCUGUUAACAAUAAAGAUGCCAAAACUGUGGAUGAGAAGUCCAAUUUUUGUAGGUUUGAAGUCUAUGAUGACAAAAUAUUUUUAAUGGGAAAAAUAGAAGUAUCAACUGAUGCAAGACUCGUAAAGGUUUCACUGUACUCAGGCUUGAGAAUGCAUCCCCGUCUUCAGAGACUGAUAUGCACUUCAAUUGUUAUUUGGCCCAGGUGGCCUACCCAAUGAUUUUUAUGUGCCAUGUUUAUAUCUUCAAAAUGUAUCUCACAAUUGUGGUGUCAAACAUUUUAUUUUGGAUUGUAUGGCAAGGUGGCUUACUCCCAAGUGUUU